AUGGCCUCAUUUGAUGGUUAUAUUAGUGCACCAACAUUUGAAGAUGGUCCAAGAGUUCCAUGGCAGUUAGAUAGCACGGACCCAUAUGUGGAAAAUUUGGACGAGCUAUUAGUGGGAUGCAUGACUCCACAUGAAAUUGAAGAUAGCAUUGAAAUCAUCGCAGACGAGGUUGCUCACGGUGAUAAAUCUCAACCGUAUGUUGGCAUGGAGUUUUCAACACCUGAGGAGGCAUACACUUUCUACAAUGAUUAUGCAUACCGUGUCGGUUUUAGUGUGCGGAAAUCCUCUAAGACGAAAAAUAGGGACGGUGUGUCGUCAGUUAGAUUUGUGUGUAACAAGGAAGGGUUUUCAGAUAGUCAGAAAAAGAAGAAAAAGCCCAUUGGAAGUGUGAAUGAUCAGAGAACGCCUGAGAAGGAGAAAGGGAUGACAAGGACAGGCUGCAAGGCCUCCUGCAGAAUUAGACUUUAUAAAAGUGGUGUUUGGCGCAUAAGUGUGUUUGAAGAGAAUCACAACCAUGUUGUUAUCAAGAGCCCAUCGAAGAAGCGAAAUCUGAGAUCCCAUAAAUGUUUGUCAGAGGAGGAUAAGAAGAUUAUACGUAACUUGAGUGCUCAAAAUAUGAAGCCUUCACAGAUUUUGGAAUAUUUGGCUGUCCAAUAUGGGGGUAAGCAAAACAUCAGAUUCAAAAAGAAGGAUGUUAGCAAUGAGGUAUCAGCUGAAAAUCGCAGUCUCCUUGGUGUUGAUGUUGAUACGACAUUGUGUUACUUUCAGAAGAAGAAGGAGAAGGAUCCAGAGUUCUUUUAUGCGAUAGACUUAGAUGAGAAUGGUGCUGUUAAGAAUAUUUUUUGGGUUGAUGGCCGAGGUAGAAGGUCGUAUCAGGAGUUCGGGGAUGUUGUCACUUUUGAUACAACAUAUCAAACCAAUAUUUACAGCAUGCCGUUGGCACCAUUCCUCGGUGUAAGCCACCACCGACAUACAAUUUCCUUUGGUUGGGCUCUUCUUAGGCUAGAGGAUGCACCAAAUUUCUGUUGGUUGUUUAAGACAUGGUUAGAGGCAAUGUAUGGGAAGCACCCAAGUGCAAUAAUAACUGACCAAGAUCCAGCAAUGAAAAAAGCUAUUGUGCUUAUUUUUCCAAAAACUAAACAUCGAUGUUGUCAGUGGCAUGUGAUGAGGAAGGCAAGAGAUCACCUUGGUCUAUUGUACAGCCAAAUGGAGGGUUUCAAAGAAGAAUUACAAGCUGUUAUUAACCGAAGCCUCACUGUUGUAGCAUUUGAAAGGGAUUGGGAAGCCAUGCUAGUGAAAUUUAAAUUAACUGACAAUAGCCAUCUCAAGCUGAUGUUUAGCACUCGGACACAAUGGGUCCCAGCCUACUUUAGAGACACGUUUUUUGCUAAUAUGUCAACUACACAACGUAGUGAAAGUAUGAAUGCUAUUCUCAAGUUGUGGGUGGACAGCCAUAAAUCGAUUUACCAGUUUGUGAAGCAAAUUGAGAAGUUGACCGAUGGCAUAUGGCAAAGAGAAAGCGACGAGGAUCUCAAGUCUAUGAAUGAGCAACCACACUUGUAUUCACCCUACCAAAUGGAGAUUGAGGCACGCAUGGUAUAUACCAGAAAUGUAUUCUCUGUGUUUAAGGAUAUUGUACGGGAGAGUUUCUUGGGUUUUGUCACUGAGAUAAUUAAAGAUAAAUUGUACCAUGUCAGAAUAAGUUUCAAUCCUCAGUUUCGUAAUUUCAAGCCAGAGUCAUACGAAAUUGAGGUUGAUAUAGAAACUUCCAGAGUUUCUUGCACAUGCAAAGGUUUUGAGGUUGAGGGUCUUAUUUGCCCUCACAGUAUCAAAGUAAUGCACCAUAUAGGCAUGGCACACCUCCCUGCCCACUACAUUUUGACACGCUGGACUAAAGGUGCCAAUGCAAACUCCAAGAAACAUUUAAGUGAGAGAAGCAUGGAUACGGGACAAACAAUAGAAUUACAAGCAUUGCGAUUUGCUACGAUCAAGUCAAGCUUGAUGGAAAUGGGCAAGGUUGGUGCAUUAUCUGUUGAAACAUUCAAUUGCUUAAAACAGAUAAUUAUUGAUGGCAUGGCGAAGUUGAUGACCAUGGAAGAUGCAAAGUUAAUGUCUAUGGGACAAACCAUAGUGACAGUUGAUCCGCCAGAAGAUGGAACGAAGGAGGUGUCAAGCAAACCUUUGUAUAUUGAUCCACCAGACGCACAAUGCAAGGGCAAGAGGAAGAAACUUACCAGAUUCCAGCCUCCUGCUGACAAGAAGGAAAGAAAAAUGAGAACUUGUAGUAUCUGCAAUGCAAAAAAAAGGCCACAAUGCUAG